UCUCAGGGACGUGUGCGCACAAAGACAGUGAAAAAGGCUGCCCGGGUAAUAAUUGAAAAAUAUUAUACUCGCCUUGGGAAUGACUUCCACACAAACAAGCGAGUAUGUGAGGAGAUUGCCAUCAUCCCUAGCAAAAAACUGCGCAACAAGAUUGCAGGGUAUGUAACCCAUCUAAUGAAACGCAUUCAACGAGGGCCAGUCAGAGGCAUCUCUAUCAAACUUCAGGAAGAGGAAAGAGAAAGAAGGGACAACUAUGUCCCUGAGGUCUCUGCCUUAGAUCAGGAGAUAAUUGAAGUGGAUCCUGAUACGAAGGAGAUGUUGAAGCUGCUGGAUUUUGGCAGCUUGUCCAACCUGCAGGUUACACAGCCCACUGUAGGGAUGAACUUCAAAACCCCACGAGGAGCCAUCUGAAGCCAUUCCUGUACUGGCACUUUUCCAAUAAAUGUAUAAAAAUAGAA